GUACAUUUCGAUCACCUAGAGUCCGAAGAGAUUUCGUGAUUUUUGUCAAAUUCGGAUUAAUUAACCUCAAUAAACUGUUUAAACCGGGUUUAGAGGAACAAUUAAUUUAUGAACUAUGGGUGUAAAUGGCCUUUGGAAAUUAUUGGAGCCAGUUGGCCGGUCAAUCAAUAUGGAAUCUCUUGAAAAUAAAACACUUGCUGUUGAUGUCAGUUUAUGGCUUAACCAGGCUCUUUAUGGGAUGAAAAAUCAGCAUGGAAGUUCCAUCCCAAAUGCUCAUCUUGUACUUCUUUUUCAAAGAAUUUGCAAGCUACUCUAUUAUAGAAUAAAACCAAUUUUUGUUUUUGAUGGUGGUGUUCCAGAACUUAAGAAAAAGACAUUGGCUGUACGUAGAACAAUGCGAUUGACUGCACAGACCAAAGCUCAAAAAUUAUCAGAAAAAGUUUUGAAAAAAUACCUGAAAUCUCGUGCAAUUGGAAGUGUAACUGGACGUAAAAGCCAACGAUCAUCAAUAAACGCCUUAGAUGAAAAUGUAUCAGAAAAAGAUUUAUUUGAAUUACCGCCAUUACCAGAUGAGAUUCAAACCACCAGCGCAGUUCAAGAUGAAUCUUUCCUCGGUUCGCAUCAUAUACAGGAUACCACUGAUGUUAAUAUAGACUCUGAAGAAUUUCGAAGUCUACCUUACGAAAUUCAACACGAAAUGAUCGUUGAAAUGCACGAGAAAAGCAAACGACAUUCACGUUAUGAAGAGAUUGAUAUGCCUGAGGAAUCAGAUGAUUUUUCCAAUUUUCAACUCAACCAUCUUUUGAAACGUGGAAAGUUGACUCAGAGAUUAGGAACACUGCGAAAAGUAAUGAACGAUAAACGAGCUGGAGAACUUGUCUACGACGUUGUUGAUGGCGAUGUGAACUCAAAAUAUGUUGUUGAGUCACAGAAAAUAAUGUCUGAAGAUACAGCUCAAUACAUCUUAAUCAAGCGAAACGAGGCACAUCAGACUAAAAUAGUAAAUAAUGAAGAGACGCAAAUGGCGGGAGGUUUCUUUCCUGAAGAUUAUGUGAAUAGCAACAUGGAUGUUCAACCAUUUGUUUUGAAAGACUUACCUAAAGUUUCUUGUGCAUUGAUGCGGUAACUGUGGAUUCUACUGCAGAUGAAGAAGCAAGUGAUGAGGUGCAAGGUGUUCCCAUUAAUGCAAAUCUAACUGAAGCGCCGAAGCAUUCAGAAACAACAUUUGAACGUGAAAUUCCACAAGAAUUCGCUUUGAAUCCUUUACGUGAAGCCUGUAAUUCUUCCUAUUCUGAAACACAAAGUUCAUAUGACAUUACUGGAAGACUAAAGGACGUGACUAGAAAAGAUAGAAAUUCGGAAUCAGCUGUGUGGAAGAAUGAGGCAUUAAUUUGUUCAAACGAUAAGCUUAAUUCGAAAUGCGCUGAUGAAAAAACUGAU